UCCCAAAAUUCCUAUCAAAUUAAAGCUCUCUCUCCACAAUUCAUUUAUUAGAUAAAUGGCAUCCAAAGGGAUAGAGAUAGAGAUAGGUCUAGUAGUAGUACUUGUCGUGGCCAUGCUAUCUGCAGGAGUUUCUGCACAAUCAAGUUGCCUAAGUGUACUGGUUAGCAUGUCUCCAUGCCUUAACUACAUUACAGGCAAAACAUCGUUACCAUCUUCUACAUGCUGCUCCCAGCUUGCAUUGCUCGGCAGAUCACAGCCACGAUGUCUAUGCAAGAUUCUCAAUAGUGGUGGAUCGCCAUCUGGGCCCAAUGUUAACCAGACUCAAGCUUUGACACUCCCCAGUGCUUGCAACGUCCCAACUCCACCUUUUAGCGGGUGUAAUGUUGCUACCCCAACAGACACUCCAGUUGGCACUACACCAUCGAUUCCAAGCAUUUCUGCAGGAGGAUUCCAGACCAUCCCAUCAAUAGGUGGAAGUACAUCGGAUGCAAGUUCCACCAAGUUGACACUUUCUAUGGUCUCCUUCUUCGUUGCAUCAUAUCUUUCUACCUUCACCAGCCUUUGAACUAGCAUGUAUCUAAGAAUCUUACCAUAUCCCUUUUUUUCUCAUUCAGUUGAGGGGACCCAUCCGUUUUAGCUGAUGAGUUAAAAGAUUUUGUUCUCUUUCCUUUCAAUAAAGAUGAUUCGUUAUUCAA